AUGAACCAUUACCAUGGCCACCCUGCCGUGUCAAACACAGGUCAACAUGACUUUUCGUCCGCAUACUCCCAACAAAACAUCAUACUUUCAGUAAUCGGCGGAUUUAUAUUUGUUAUUUGGUUUCUGUUCCCGUACGUCGGGAUCCUCCCAGCUAUGGUUGCCAAAACUCUGUGGCAAGUCCUGGUUUAUAUCGUCCCUUCGCACAUAGUGGCAACGCUUGACACAACGGAUAAAACUACGAACAUGGAUUCUUCGGCGACCUUUUCCGACUUAAGUGAAAAGAGUGCAGCCAUGAAACGUAUAGUUGGUCUCGACAAGCGCUCGUUAUAUUCAAUGUUGCCACGCCGCGGGCGAAGUCUUUCGGGCGCUUUCCGAGGCGGAAGGGAUUCGGUACCUCCGGGGCUUGGAAAUUGGGAUAACUCUUGCUAUCAAAACAGUGUCAUACAGGGUCUUUCGUCUCUAGAAUCAUUUGCAAGCUUCCUGGAUCGCAAUACUCGCAAGCUGGAGGAACGCGGACCCGUCAACACCCACCAGGCUCUGAAGGAGAUCACGGGAAUGCUGAAUGACCCCACCAAUCAUGGAGAGAUGUUUUGGAUACCGUCGGAGUUGAAGAGUAUGAGCAGCUGGCAGCAACAAGAUGCCCAGGAAUAUUUUUCAAAAAUAAUGGAGCAGCUUGAUAAGGAGACAAGGAACGCAUUGAAGGGAGUCACGACUAAUGUUGGCUUGAGGUUUGGUGUUCCUGCAGACCAGCUAGCGGAAAUAUUGGAUUCAACGAAUCAAUCUUCAGCAGCCAAGGACAACGCUCAACAGCAGCAAGAGGCUUUUGCGAACCCUUUGGAGGGUAUGCUUGCACAGCGUGUAGGUUGCAUACGGUGUGGGUGGACCGAAGGGCUGUCGUUGAUACCUUUCAACUGCUUGACCGUGUCUAUUGGACGAGAGCAAGAAUACGACAUCCGCGACUGUCUUGAUGAUUACAUGGAUUUGGAGGGUAUCGAGGGCGUCGAGUGUGCUCGGUGCACUUUAUUACGCACCAAAGACCAGUUAUGUCGUUUGAUCGAACAAACUGACAACGAUAAUGAUGCUGAAAACCCCGUACCAAAUCCGGAUCUAUUUGACAAACUGAGAGAAUCCGCCAAAACGCGCCUCGAAGCCGUUCAAGAUGUCUUGGAGGAACAAGACUUUACGGAAACGGCCCUAUCGGAGAAAUGUCACAUACCUUCGAAUAGCAGAGUUUCAGUGACAAAAUCGCGCCAGGCAGUGAUCGCUCGACCCCCAAAAAGCCUAGUCUUCCAUAUUAACAGGAGUGUUUUUGACGAGAACACUGGCGUGUUAAUGAAGAAUCAUGCCCGGGUCAGGUUCCCGGAGUCACUUGAUUUGAGUGAUUGGUGUCUUGGUACCAAACGGUUGGAUGAAAACGAGAAAGAGUCAGAAAUUUGGAAUACGGACCCCAAAGUGUCCAUGCUUUCUCAGCCAGGAGCAGCCAAAAAGGAUCUGAACGGGUUCGAAUAUGAGCUACGGGCGGUUCUGACACAUUAUGGAAGGCAUGAAAACGGGCAUUAUAUUUGUUACAGGAAAUUUUCGACCGAAGACUUUCCCAAAAAGUUCCAUGAUGCAGUGGAUCAAGUGGAUGACGAAAAGGAGGCUCUCUACCAUUGGUUUCGACUUAGCGACGACGACGUCCAGAUGGUUAGUCAACAUACCGUGCUAAACCAAGGCGGCGUUUUCAUGUUGUUCUACGAACGGGUUGACGAGGUUGAAGAAGAGUUUCACGAUGCAGAGACGCGCUCAGAUGACAAGAUUCCCGGCGUCGAAAGCGUGGACAAUUCUUUGGAAUCCUCCAUCGAUGAGAAAUUUGAUACAGAGUCGAGUGACGAGUCCAGGCCCGUUUCCUCUCCAGGUAUCUCAACUCCAAGUGGGACAUCAAGGGCUGAAUCAGAAAUUUGCAUUUCGGAUUUACCUAUCUACACUUCUGCUACCCCUGUAUCCGAAGCUUCUUCUCAGUUCGCUGUGAUGCCUGGCAUUGUACCUUUGUUGAGUGAAGGAGCAUGA